AUGGAUCCAAAGGCAUCUUCCUCGGCUCCUGCCGCACCUGCGCUGCCGCCCAACGUCACAAUCUUCUCCCCAUCCAAACCCAGCACAGCAAAAGCCCUCCUCAACGGCAGCAUCUUUACACGGCUCACAGCCAAUGCCCAGACCGAACCAUCAAAGCUAGAGGCUGCUCUCAGAGACGUCACUCGACCCGAGGUCAACGACACCUUCUGCUUCAGCCACCGCAAUGUGGUCUUGAUUUUUGACGGCGAGAAGAACGGAGACGAUGCUACGGAUCAGCACCACGAGCACUUCCGACUCGUCUGCUUGGCGCUUAAGGACGCUGACAUCAGCCUCGAUGUUGCCGGUUGCAUUUUUGAUGCCCCGGAGGUCUUGCAGGCUGGCUUCCAGUUAGACACGCUUAGCUCGGGUUCUGUUCUGGUUAUCGACUUGAUGGGCGGGGAUGACGAUGAUGAUGAUUCGGACGAGGAUGAUGAGGCAGCCGCUGAAAGGUUGCUUAUGAGUGGCGAUUCAGGCGCAACGAUAUCCUGA